AAGGUAGAGCUGGGGGCCAGGGCUGGCUCCGGAAUCCCCCCGCCCACAGGCUAGCUUGGCUGGGCUGCCGAUUCAGUCAGCUUUACCGACCGCAUCAUUCUCUGCACCUGGGAGAGUACGUUAUGACAGAUUCCCUGCCCGCAGCGUGCUAACAGUCUAGGGGGUUCAGUUCCCGAGGGGGCCCCAAAGGUCUGUCCUGCAGCUCCCGGCUCUCGCAGCUCGGCCUCAGUUCUCCCGCCCCCUCAAUUCCCGCACAGAGGGAAGAGGGGAGAGGGUCUUACCCUGGAAGACCUAAAGCGGCCCCCUCCCCAAGCCGGGGCCCUUCCUCCAGCUGUGCCAGGUCCCGCCCCCGGCCUGGCCCCUCCACCCUCAGGAGUGCCAGUGUCUGCUGGUCCUCGGUCCCUCCUGCCUGCCUCCCUAUGAAUACCCUGGACCUGCAGCCCCGGCCGGAGCCGGGAAGGCCAGGGGCAGCACUAUGGAGGGUCCCCGGCUCUCCGGCCCCAGGACGGGGAGCUCCCGCCCGCUGCCCCCGGCCCGGGUGGACCUCUCCCGGAUGGGCGUCCUGAGCGUCGGCUUCGGGGAGGCGCGGACCGGCGAGAGGGUGGAGAUGAUGGAGCUGAACGACCGCUUCGCCGGCUGCGUCGAGAAGGCUCCAAGGCGAAAUCGAUCUGCGGCUGGAAACGGAGAAGAACCUGGCCUCCUUCCGACAGGAGGUGGAUGAAGCCGCCCUCAUGCGACUGGACCUGGAGCGGAAGGUGGAGUCCCUGCAGGACGAGAUCCUCUUCCUCAGGGAGAUCCACGG